UUCCAUCAGCAUUUGUUGGAUUGCGGCUAAGGCAAUGAAAGUAAUUGUAUUUAUUUAGGGCUUAAAAUGUUGGAGUCAACUAUAUCUGAGGAUUCGGACAGCAAAUAUGAAAAUAGUGCUGAUGUGGAACAAGAAUACAAGUUAAUUGAAAAGGCUUACGAUGAAUUUAAUAGUGGCAACUAUGAGCAGUGUCUUGAAACGCUUGAUGAGUUGGAAAAAUGUAAUGGAACCAAUAACAAGUUGGAACACAAUCGUGCUGUGGCGAAAUUCUAUAAGUCUGGUUGUAAAGAUCAUAUCACGCUAUUAAAAAGUAUUAAUGAAAAUACUGGAUCUAUAGAUAGAUCUAGUCCCAUAUCGUCGAAGCCUUCCUACAGUCCAAUAGCGCGAUUCAACAUGGCGGUAAUAUACUAUCAUCGGCAUAUGUAUGAAACUUCAAUCAACACACUUACACCAUUGGUGGACCAAGUUGAAGAUUUAGAAGAACACAUGGCCGCACUGGUGUGUACAUUUAUGUUACGUCUACUGCUCGUCACUAACCAAUUGCGCAAGGCGGCCGCAUUUCUGGAAAUGCUGCAAUCGCCUGAACAUAAAUCAUCGCUCUACUUGAACCGAGAUACAUUAAUAGGCGAAGAAGCUUCAGCUUGUGAAACGGCAACUGCAAACCAUGAGAACUUUCAACGUGCUUAUAAAUUUUUGGCUAUACAGACAUGUGUUAUGAACCGUAAACCUAUUGUGGUGGCAGAGGACGGUUCGGCGGAGUUUUCUUCUCUAAAAGCUCAUCAAUAUUAUAUAAUGAAGGACUUUCAAAUGGCGGCCAAACAACUGAAAAAGGUCAACGAGAUAGGUGCAACUGGGGAACUCAGCGACAUGCUUAAUACGUGCAUUGCCAACAAUAUGGGCGUAAUACAUUUGCGUGUACGCCAUUAUGCCAUUGCUGCGAAAUUCUUUCAGGAUGCUAUAACUUUUGACAAGCGUAUAGCAGGCAAUAUGCGCAAUGUGUCCUUAUACCAAAUGAGCACAGCACAUACUUGUGAAAUACUCUACAAUUUGGGUAUUGCAAUGCUGUACUUGCGCCGCCCGAAAGAAGCUUAUAAUUGUUUCUUUGUGCCGUUGAAAUCGUACCACAGCAAUCCGCGUUUAUGGUUUCGUAUAUCGGAAGCCUGCAUUAUGGAUCACGAAAUGAAAAUGUUAGAGGAGGAUAGCAAGCCAAUGAUCACAUCUGUGGUAGAUACUGGUGGUCGUAAAACGGUCUUCUUAAAACCCACAAAUAAUGUGGUUUAUUCGCUGGACAAAGACGCACUUGAAUCUGGUCCAAAUCUGCACUUCGCCGUCUUGGCGCUACGUAAUGCCCUUACCCUAACCACAUACUAUAAGAACGCAUUUGAAAUGACUGAAGACGAUGAAUUACCAACAGAACGGGAGAAAGAGAAUUGGCGCAAUGUUAAGGAUAAUAAUUUUUGCAAUCCAUCUCGGCCGAUAUCUAAGAACUCGCUUAAUAAUAUGCUCUGUGCCAUUUAUGCAGCCUACAGUUAUGUCUCACUACGUCUGGGCGAUUAUGUAAGCGCACUCAAAAUGGCACAGGAAUUGUUGAAAGCUGAAAAACUCUCCGAUGCGCAUAGAUUGCUAGCGCAUAUGUAUGCUGGUGAAGCAUUACUGAUGUUGGAUAAAUUGGAGGAUGCGCGCCCACAUUUUGAGCCAACAUUUGUGACGAACCUGAAUGCAUUUGAUUUUGAGACAAAAGAUUGGCGCGUCAAGUCACUGGAUGCCGCACAGAAUGUCGUGCGUUAUAAUUUAGCUGUGGUCAUGGCAUUGCAGGGCGACUUCGAGCUUUGCAGGAACAUCUUGAGCAGUUGUACACAUCCAAUUGUGGCGGCCAAAGUGCUAUCGCUGAAGACCUAUCUCGACAUAAGAAUGGGAAAAUGUGCCUGAUUUGGUAAAUUUUGCCUUUACUAUGCAAUCUACUAUAAAUAAAUAAAGAUUUUUAAGGUAUGUUGUAUUGAAAGCAUAAUAAAGUUGAAAUAAUGAUUAGAGUUCA